AUGCUAUCUAUCAGGCCCCUAGCCUGUCAUUUCUUAAGUCUUAGUUUGACCAUCCGCACAUUUCAGUGUGUAUAUGUUUACACGACUGUCAACUCUGUUUGCUUACAGGAACCACUCAGACAGGGAUCCGCAGGAGUUUCAUUUGGUUUCUCCGUGUUUAAUUUGAUGAAUGCCAUCAUGGGAAGUGGCAUUCUUGCCUUAGCUUAUGUGAUGGCUAAUACUGGAAUCCUUGGUUUUGGUUUCUUGCUGCUGAUAGUUGCUCUCCUGGCUUCUUAUUCAGUUCAUCUCCUUCUGAAUAUGUGUAUUCAAACAGCUGUGAUGACUUAUGAAGAUCUUGGACUAUUUGCAUUUGGAUUUCCUGGAAAGAUGGUGGUGGCAGGCACCAUAAUAAUUCAAAACAUUGGAGCUAUGUCAUCUUAUCUUUUCAUUAUUAAAAUGGAGCUUCCAGCUGCUAUUUCAGAAUUUUUGUCAGGGGACCACAGUGGAUCUUGGUAUCUUGAUGGACAAACACUAUUAAUUAUCGUUUGUGUUGGGAUUGUGUUCCCUCUUGCACUUCUUCCUAAAAUAGGCUUUCUUGGCUACACGAGUAGUUUAUCAUUUUUCUUUAUGGUGUUCUUUGCUCUCGUGAUAGUAAUUAAAAAGUGGUACAUUCCUUGUCCACUGACAUUAGAUGACACAGAACAAUACUUCCAGAUUUCAAAUGCUACAGAUGAUUGUAAACCAAAGCUCUUUCAUUUUUCCAAGGAGAGUGCCUAUGCCAUACCAACCAUGGCCUUUUCAUUCCUCUGUCAUACAUCAAUAUUGCCAAUAUACUGUGAACUUCGAAGGCCUUCAAAGGAAAGAAUGCAGAAUGUAACAAAUACAGCAAUUGCUUUAAGUUUUCUCAUUUACUUUAUAUCUGCACUUUUUGGAUACCUCACUUUUUAUGACAAAGUGGCAUCAGAACUACUGCAAGGCUACAGUAAAUACUUACCUCAUGAUGUCGCCGUUAUGACUGUGAAGUUGUGCAUCCUGUUGGCUGUGCUUUUGACAGUCCCUCUAAUCCACUUCCCUGCAAGGAAAGCCUUAAUGAUGAUGUUCUUCUCCAAUUUUCCAUUUUCAUGGAUUCGUCAUUCUUUGGUCACUCUAGCACUCAAUAUUAUCAUUGUUUUACUUGCAAUAUAUGUUCCUGAUAUUAGGAAUGUUUUGGGGGUAGUUGGUUCAAGUACAUCGACCUGCUUGAUUUUUGUAUUCCCAGGACUAUUUUAUCUUAAACUUAGCAGAGAAGAUUUUUUGUCAUGGAAGAAACUUGGGGCUUUUAUUUUGCUCAUUUUUGGAAUUUUGGUUGGGAGUCUUAGUUUAGCACUUAUCAUUUUUAAUUGGAUUAAAAAAUGAAAGAUGUUUGGCCAUGUCCUAUGAAGAUAUACCUUCGUACACAUUAAUUCUGGAAA